AGCCCUUUCCUUCUCCCCUCCUGCGUCUCUUCGCUUCACCUACCACCCAAUCGCCGCCUCUCUCUCUCUCUCUCUCUCUCUCAAGUCCGUCGCAGCCUUUCGAGAACGAUGCCGAGCAAGCGGAAAUCUGGGGCCGUAGCAGCUUCCACCUCGGCCAAGAGGGGGAAGGCAGAGAACCCGAAGGGGGCGCCCGCGGAGGUGGAGGAGCAGCAGGAUGGAGCCCCUUCGACGAAUGCUCGUGCCGACGACGGCAGCGAUGAGGAGUCGGAGCUCUCUCUCUCUCAAGUCCGUCGCAGCCACUCGAGAACGAUGCCGAGUAAGCGGAAAUUUGGGGCCGUAGCAGCUUCCGCCUCCGCCAAGAGGGGGAAGGCAGAGGACCCGAAGGAGGUGCCCGCGGAGCAGCAGGAGCAGCUAAAUAGUCAUGUCAACGAGAGAUUCAAUGAUUCCGUCGAAGCGCCCGCCAAGGAUGGGGUGCCUUCCACGAAUGCUCGUGCCGACGACAGCAGCAAUGAGGAAUCGGAGUCCCGGUUCGUUGGGGUUCCGAUCCCCAACGAGGAAGCUCGCCAGAAAUGGCCAAAACGCUACCUUGGUUUGGGAAAGAAGAAAACGGUGGUCAGCAGCAAUAAAGAAGGGGAUGAUGAUAUUAUGCAAGCUAAGUGCCACUUCUCAAAGGCACAGGUCGAUGGGGCUUUGUAUGAUAUUGGUGACGAUGCUUAUGUAAAGGCUGGGGAAGGGGAGGACAAUUAUAUUUGCAAGAUCGUGGAAUUCUUCGAAGCAGUUGAUGGCUCAAAAUAUUUUUGUGCGCAAUGGUAUUACAGAGCUCGAGAUACAGUCAUCAAGCAAUUGUCUAAUCUCAUUGAUGAGAAGCGUGUUUUCUUCUCAGAAAUACGUGAUGAUAAUCCCUUAGAAUGCCUCGUUGAGAAGCUAAACAUUGCUCGAGUACCUCUUGAUAUUAAUCUGGAUGCAAAAAGGGCGGCAAUUCCACAUUGUGAUUAUUAUUGUGACACUUUGUAUCUACUGCCAUACUCAACAUUCAAACACUUGCCUAUAGAUCAUAAGGUGGAUGGUUGUGAGACUUCAUCAACCAUUUCAAGUGAUGAUGUUGAAAUGGCUAGUUCAACAUGCGAGGGGAACUCCAAGGAUAUUACGCAAAAAAAUAACAAGGGGGAGGCGACGCUACUAGAUAUGUAUUCUGGUUGUGGUGCGAUGUCCACCGGAUUAUGUCUUGGAGCAAGCCUUUCUGGUUUGAAUCUUGUCACGAGGUGGGCUGUUGACAUGAACGAGCAUGCAUGCAAUAGUUUGAAGCAAAACCACCCGGAGACAGAGGUGAGGAAUGAGUCUGCAGAAGAUUUCCUCUUGUUGUUGAAGGAGUGGCAAAAAUUGUGCGUGCAAUUUCACCUCAUUGAGAGUGAUGGUCAGCAGCUACCAUAUGCUGAUUUAUUUGGCGUGGACGAUGGAAAUGAGGAGGAAAAUAGUGAGGAUGACGAUGGGGGUAGUGAUGGUGAGGUAUUUGAUGUCGAGAAAGUUCUAGCAAUUUGCUAUGGAGAUCCUAAAGAGAAGGGAGACAAAGCAUUGUACUUCAAGGUUUCAUGGAAAGGUUAUGGUCCUGACGAGAACACUUGGGAGCCAAUUGACGGCUUAUGCAACUGUUGUGAGAAACUAAAGGAAUUCAUCAUUGAAAGUCACAGAUCAAAAAUUUUACCUUUGCCGGGGGAUGUAGAUGUGAUUUGUGGUGGACCGCCCUGUCAAGGGAUAAGCGGUUUCAACCGUUUUAGAGAUAAGGACAAUCCUUUGGCUGACGUGAAAAACAAGCAACUUCUUGUGUUUAUGGAAGUUGUAGAGUUUUUGAAACCAAGGUUUGUUUUGAUGGAGAAUGUGGUGGAUCUAGUUAAAUUUUCUAAUGGUUUCUUGGGGAGGUAUGCACUUGGUCGUUUAGUGCAACUCAACUAUCAAACAAGAUUAGGUAUGAUGGCUGCAGGAGCAUAUGGGCUUCCUCAAUUUAGAAUGCGUUGUUUUCUGUGGGGUGCUCGUCCCAGUGAGAAGCUGCCCCAGUACCCAUUGCCAACACACGAUGUUGUUGUUAGAGGUGUCAUUCCUAUAGAAUUUGAGAUGCACACUGUUGCCUAUGAUGAGGGCCAUGCAUACGAAUUGCAAAAGAAAUUGCUACUGGAGGAUGCAAUCUCUGAUCUUCCACCUGUUGGGACUUAUGAUGGAAGAGAUGAAAUGCCAUAUGAGAAAGCUCCACAGACAGAUUUUCAACGUUUCAUUAGAUCAAGUGAAAAAGAAAUGAUGGGGAUCACAGACAACUCAGUGGAUUUAGGUCGACCUCUCUUUGAUCAUCGACCGCUUGAAUUGAAUUUGGACGACUAUGAACGUGUUUGUCGCAUACCAAAGAUAAAGGGAGCGAAUUUUAGGGAUUUGCCUGGUGUUCGUGUGCGUCCAGACAACAAAGUUGAAUGGGACCCUGAUGUUGCGAGGCUUUAUUUGGACUCAGGAAAACCGUUGGUCCCUGAUUAUGCAAUGACGUUUGUGAAUGGUUCUUCCUCAAAGCCUUUCGCACGUGUGUGGUGGGAUGAAACUGUGCCUACUGUAGUGACUAGAGCAGAACCUCACAACCAGGCAAUAUUGCAUCCCGAGCAAGACAGAGUUCUUACAGUUCGUGAAAAUGCAAGACUUCAGGGAUUUCCUGAUUAUUACAAGCUCAGUGGCCCCAUCAAGGAGAGAUACAUUCAAGUUGGAAAUGCAGUUGCAGUUCCUGUAGCUAGAGCUUUGGGAUGCGCAUUGGCUGAAGCUUUCCAAAAAAGUGCCAGUGAAGAUCCCUUGUUUCGGUUGCCUGAUAAGUUCGUCAAUAAAUCUGAGCAACAUUCGUCUGCGUCGUCUGAAAAUGAUGAAUAGUUGUACUGCCGUAGAAGUGAAUUGUAGGCUAUUGAGAUUGAAAUCACGAUGAUUUGUAGUGGAAGCUUUAAUCUCAUCUAACGAGGUUAUUCCAAGGAGACUGCGAAGCUAGCGAUUGAUUGUUUGCCACCACAAUUUGGAGUGGCAUUGAAUUAGCUUUUAGAAACCAUUCCGUGAUUAAUUUGCUCUGUCAUCUUAUUUGAUCGGAGGGUGUCGUUAUCUUUUUUGGUUGCUUAUGUGAGGACCCUCCGCAGAGUCUCUGCUGAGUUUUGUUUUGAAGUAACUAAAGGAAUGACCAAGUCAUUU